GAUUCUUCCAGAGUCCAAGAUAUCUUGAGGCAGAUUGAGGAUGUGAUCAGAGGGUUCAGGAAGGAUGCAACCGAUAUUGCAGAAGCUCUACAACAUGAGGAAACUGACCUAUGGCAAGCUUGUCUGCUGAGCGAGAAACGAAUUGCAUCUUGGAACGAGGAGGACAGUGCCAAGGCUCUUGAAAACAACACUGCACGCACAAUACAUCGCUCAAGAAGUGUCCCUUGGCUUGAUGUUACCAAAGAUUUGACUCCUGAAGUUGUGGAGUAUGAGCACUUUCUGGAAUCAACUGGAGGGCGUUUCGGAGGCUGGACAGAUAAGGAACAUGCAAUAUUCCUGAAAUUUUUCAACAGACCUGCCACAACUUCUGUCAGCAAAAGUGGUGAUUCCGUCAAGGAAGAGGACAAACAAUCCGGGUGUGCGGUUGAUUCUGGUAGUGCUGAGAAACGGCGUCAGUUUGGUGAUGCUACAAUCAGUUCGCAGAUUGAUAAUACAGGUGAAGACAAACAGUUGUCACGUGUGUUGAUACUGCACCGAAAAGUUUCUCUUCUCAUAGGAACCAAAAGUCCGGAGGAGGUUCUAGCGCACGAGGCUUGGUGGAAACGCUUAAGAGAACUUGAAAAAUCAAAGCGUCAAGCGAUUCAAAAGUGGAGAACGUCGAAACAAACGGCAACAGCCAGCGAUAACAAGGACUCGUCGGCGCAGUCAAACACGGUAACCCCAAUGACGAAAGCCGAAAUGGAAGCAAAGAGGACUGCUGUUGAACAGUGGCGUCAACAGCAGGAAAAGCAGAGAAAGCAGAAGAAAGAGGCAGAAAUUGCGGAAGAAAUAAAUAAUGCGGAGAAACAAAAGCAACUGGUCCAACAGCAUCGGGAAGAAUCAAAGAAGAAGAUUUCGGAAUAUCAAACGGCCAAAGAUCUCCGGGAACUCCAAAUGGCUUGUCAUUUGGCUGAGCAGGCCGAGGAGGAGCGCAUAAUAGUCCGUCAGCGUCUGAAUGAGUCGGCGGAUCGAAUCAUCAGUCGGAAUCAAUCGUUAUCAAACCGACAGAGAGCACGCAAAGAAUCACUCAAGCAAACUCAAUUGGCUCCGAAGUCAAAACAAUGUAAGAUAGUAGACAAGCAGGUUUACGCCGAACGUGAUUUCCAGAGACUGACGCAAUUGACGGAUUCAUGGAAGCAGCGUCUUGAGGCUCCGCGAGAACCAUGCAGCAUUCAAACCGGUUUGAACCCGGAGUCUAGACCAAUAAGGAUGAAGCCGCAGUGGAUGAGGAAAGACUGAUGAUCGAUGAAUCGACCUGAAGCUCCAGAAUUGUCCCCAAAAACAUUCAUCAAAUAUUUUUUACAAAUAAACUCCU